UAACGUCCUGCUUAUUCAAAGCCCAAAUAAGGGGAUAAAAGUGUGGAGGAAUAGCACAUUGUGGCGCCCAGCAACAAGGCUUCCCUACAGCACCCCCCCGCCGCCAACCCCCCGAGGAAAGCGGCCCCAAUUUUGCAGACCCUGCUGAUUUGGAACUGGUUCACAUGUCAACCCACUCCAGUUGCGGUGCGUUCAUUUGUCACGGAUUCGAACGGGUUUGCUCCCCAAGCCACACAAUGUGAGCUCCUUGCUGCUCCAGCCCAGAACACAGCUCGCUCAGUCCCGUCAGCCAGACCCAUAGCUUCAGCUACCCAGCCGGAGCAACUUCCUCCCCCUGCUCCUUCGUCUGGCCCUCCAUCCCUGGCUAAUUCGCAAUGAAACUUCACGUUAGCCCGGCUCCUUCUCCCCUCCAUUCCUGCUUCCUCGGGCUCAUGCUCCUGUCUAGUGGCUCGGUCCAAAUUGGCUCUGCUAUGGAAGUUAUGGUAUCACCUUACGUCAUUGGGCUGAAUGGUACAUCAGCCAAACUGAGCUGCACCUUCAACUCCUGUUAUGACGUGAGUGAAAAGCAAUUCUCCUUAAAUUGGACCUACUCUGAAUGUGACAACUGCACUGAAGAUCUGCUUGUUCAGUUCCGGCGCAAGGUUAUCAUCCCCAGAGAUGACCGCUUUGCGGGCAGGGUGGAGUGGUCAGGGAACCUCAAAAGGAACGAUGUCUCUAUCACAAUUCACGACAUCCAACUCAGUGAUGAAGGCUUUUACAACUGUUCUGUGUUAAAUCCUCCUGACAGACAUAACGGGUGGGGACUAAUCCACCUGCAAGUGGUCACAGAAGUUCCCCCUGAGCGUGACUCCACAGUGGCUGUGAUUAUAGGGGCAUCAGUUGGAGGCUUUCUGGCUAUCGUCAUUCUUGUCUUAGUCAUCGUGAAGUGUGUGAGGAGGAAAAAGAAACAAGAUCAUCAUUCUGAAGAUCAGAAAACAGAAGAGGAAGGAAAAACAGAUGGCGAAGGCAAUCAAGAAGAAGAUGAAAAGCAGCACUAAACCAACACAGGAACUGUGAGCAAAGGUAGAGGCUGACAGUGAUCUGCCUCUGGUGAGAACUGUUGGUCUCCGUGCUUCGUGGGAUAUUUCCGACUCGUCCCUGUGUUAGACCCAUUGCCUCAUCACAUGCAACAUGAGCGCUGAGAUAAUUCUGCUGUGCUGUGAAACCAUGCUAACUUCGCUAUGCAUGUCAUCAACCUCCAAAUCACACAUUGGUGUAACUAGAAAAUACGGAAUUACCCAACGAGACCAUAAGCUUCACAUCAUCGCUGUGUAUAUUGCACUACAAAUCAUGCCAAGUCUCCUACCAGUGUGGUGAUUUCUAACUGGGGAUAUCAAUUGUGCAUGUUUCAACAGAGUAGCAACGCUGUACCUUCUAGUAUCAAUAAUGCACACCCAGGCUGAUUGCUGCAUGGCUUUCUAACACACUGGUGAGGGUAACUUUAACCUAAUCACUCGGCAGCAUUCCCAAGGGAUUGGGUGCAGUGUUGGUUUUACAUCCCUCUCAAAAUCAGCCUUCAGUUGGAAGUAAAAUCAGGUGAGCUACAAAACCAGCAAAAAGUGCAAGACUAGGAGGUCUUGAGGAGAUACAGGUGAACAGAUCAUUAAAAUGUCAUGAACAAGGAGAGAAAAUGAUGGAAAAGGCUUUUAGAAUGUUGGCCUAUGUAUCCCAAGGACCUUACUGCAAGUGGGUAGCUUUCGUGGUUAAACCACUCCUGGAGACACUGUAAGCUUUUCUGGACACAGGGCCCUCGGUUAGAUCUUGACAUUAGGGCAGCUGGCAGUGUAGAUUUCCCAGAAAGAUACCUGAACUCAAAGGGUUAAAUCACAGGGAGAGCAUGCAUAGACAUGGCUAGAGAUUUGGAUGGUUAAGGACUGACUUGAUCAAAGUUCUCAAGAUAUUAAGGACAGCAGAUAGUGCUGAGAGAGAGAAGCUAUGUUUUAUUGGUUGUGAGCCUAGGGCAUAGUCAAAAAAUGAGAAACUGAUCUUUCAGGAGAGAAGUUAGGAAACAUUUUAACACAUGAAAAGGGCAGUUGAAGUUUGGAAUUUUCCACAAACAGAAAUUAAUGCUACAUCUAUUGUUAAUAUUAACUUUUGAUAGAUUUCUACUAACUGAAGGCAUUAAAAGAUAUGGAACAGGCAAAGACAGAGUUAGUUAACUCUAAUUAGUUAUGGAGUUAACUUUGUUCAGGCAGAAGUUUUUGAUAGGGUUUUUAUUGAAUGGCCUCAGGGCUCAAGAGACUAAAUAGACUCUUCCUGUGCACCCAAUCCCCUGUUUCCAAUGGGCGGGUAAGGUCAAAAUUGCCCUCAAGAUUAAUAUUGUUGCUGACUUUGUUUCUUUUUAAACAAUGCCACUAGACAUCUGCUGUAAAAACUUGGGAGCUAAUGUCUGUACUGAUAUGGUUAACAGGUCCAGAAUGUAUAACGGUGUACAGUGUUUUUUUGUCCAUAAUCCCUGUAAGUCUAAGAGUAGGGGAAAUUCUGAAGAUGGUGGUUUAGACAUGGUGGUUGACAAUUGGCCACUUCAAAACAUCUACUGCUGCCUUUCUCCCUUGGAAGAAGAGUGAGUGCAGGCUGUUUCCAUAUGCAGGAUGAAUGGGUAAUGUUUUGUCGAGAAAGUAAAUUAAUUCAGUCUUGUACUGCGAGGAACAAUCCUCAAACAGAAAAGAACAUUUUUGGAACAGUUUUUCAGCAGGAUUAGAUUUGUUGAAGUCAGAAUAUAUUGACUGGUCAAAAAAUAGUCUAAAUUUAUUAUUCUGGUCAUCAACGGGGGAGUGCUGCAAGAGGAUUUUCAUAGUCCUCUGGGAAUGACCAGGAACUUCCCACAGUCAGGAAUUCCUAUCCCAAGUGCUGCUUCCAGUAGCUUGACAAUCUCUGACUCAAUGAUAUCACUGCUUUGUGUUGACUGGAAUAGCAGACAUUGAUCUGUCUGUUAAUAGUCAACUGUUACCCAGCAGUGGGAGCCAGAAACAGAUGAACCUGUUGUUUGUUUUAAAUAGAAUUAUUUCCCCAAACCAUUCCCAUGGAGAUCUCAGCUGUUCCGGCACAAAGCCAUCAUAGACAUGGAACUGAAAGCAACCAAGGGGCAAGGUGGCUCUGUAGUCUGACAGGAGGAACAGAGACUGGGAAGUGGGGUCUUGGUGAGGGGAGAGGGGAAUGUGAACUUUGGGAAAGGGAACACUGGGGGAAUGAAGGCUUGGGAUCUUGGGGUCAGUGGAAAUUGGGGAUUUCUGGGUUAGGAGAUAGGGGUUCAGAGGAGAAGGGAAUUCAAGAAUGAGGUGGGGUCAAAAUCUUGCGGAGACUGGACAAUUGGGGAUUUUUGGGAGUAAAAAGGAGAGGGGAGCUCAAGAGAAGGGGACCGGGGAAUGUGGGGUCAGAGCAGGGGAGAGAGAGGGAGAUAGGGGAUUCAGGCUGAAGGGAUACAGAGAGGCUGGGGAAUGGGGACUUCAGGAAGUGGGACACUGGGGAAUGAGAGCUUAGGGUCGACUGGGGACUUGGGGCUUUUUGGGAAGCGGGACAGGAGGUGAGGGCUCAGGGAAGACAGAGCCUGGGGGCCUUCACUGUGGUGAAGAGAGAGGAUCUUCCCACUGAUAGAGUGAGCGAUUGAGAAAUGGAAAACCAAUUUUUUUUUUGAUACAGUGCCUUUCAGAGUAGUCUCUUAUAAUUCUUUUUAUAAACAACAGGAAGGAGGAAGGUCCUGAGACUGAGGGCAGUUAGACCUUAAGACAGACACAAUAAGAACUGUCGAUGUUGGAGUCAGAGCUAACACAGUGUUGGAACUGGAGGAACACAGCAGGCCAGGUAGCAUUGGAGGAACUCAAAAGUUGACAUUUCGGGUCAGGACCCUUCUUCAGAAAUAGGAAGGAGGCUGGGACCUCAGAAAUAACUAGAGAGCGGAGGGGUGUGGUUGGGGAAGGUAAGUGCGAUGGUGAGAUGAGUGCAGGUAUUGGUCAUUGAGUUGGGAGGAGCGGAUAGGUGGAAGAGAAGAUGGACAGGUUGUGUCAGGUUGGGCAUGAGAGAGAGGGUUGGUCAUGGGAUGAGGCCAGGAGUGGGGAGAUUUUAAAACUGGUAAAAUCUACAUUUAGGCCAUUGGGCUAUAGGCUCUCGAGGCAGAAUAUGAGGUAUUGCUCCUCCAGUUUGAGGAGACCCAGGAUGGACAUGUCAUCUAAGGAGUGGGAGGGCAAGUUAAAAUGGUUCGUGACCGGAAGGUGUUGUCGUUUAUCCUGAACAGAGCACAUAUGCUCUACAAAAUGGUCUCAGAGGCUGCGCUUGGUCUCUUCGAUGUAGAGGAGGCCACAUCGGUAGCAGCAGAUACAAUAGACUACAUUGAUGGAUGUGCAGGUGAACCCCUUGUCUAAUGUAGAAGGUUUGCUUUGUGUCUUGAAUGGAGGUGAGGGGGUAGGUGUAGCACUUCCUGCGAGUUAGUGAGGAGUGUGGAGCAGACGAAGGAGUUGCAGAGUGGAAGGUAGAUGGGGUGAGGAAGAAAAUAUCUCUUUGGUUGUGGGGUUGGAUUGCAGGUGGCAGGGAAUGAUACAUUGGAUGCAGAGGUGGGUGGGGUGAUAUGUGAGGACGAGGGGGAUCUGUUUUUGUUGCAGGGAUGGGCUGUGAGGGCAAUGUGUGGGAAAGGCAAUGGAUGCAGUUAGGGCAUUUUUGAUCGCUGGAGGGAUGAAGUUGCAGUUCUUGAAAUAGGAAGACAUCUGGGACGUUUGGGACUGGAAUGGCCCAUCUUGGGAACAGACGCAGCGGAGGCAGAGGAAGUGGGAGUAGGGGAGGUUUCAGGAAGGUGGGUGAGACUUGCCCCCACACCCAGCUCCAGCCUAGCUACCAACUCUACACCCGGUUUCAACCCCAGGCACUGCCUGGUAUUCACUGUUUGCGCCCCCCGCCAAGACCAGCCCCUCACUGAGGAUGAACAAUCAGUCCUCAGUAAGGGACUCACCUUCAUCCCCCUCCACCCACACAUCAACGAAUACCACUCACGCCUGGACAUCAAACAGUUUUCCGCUGCCUCCGCCUCCACGCCUAUUUCUUUAACCGUACCCUCCCACCUCCAACACACCCCCACCUCCUGGGCAUCACCCCAAGGCCUCCUACCCUCCCUCAACCUCUUCAUCUCCAACUGCUGUUGCGACAUUGAUCGCCUCAACCUCUCCACCCGUCUCACCCACUCCAAC